UAGAGCUGGUCAUGAAGCCUUCAGAUAUUAGAGGAUGACUACUGAUAACUGGACUGAACUUCCUGAUCUGUUGCAUCUUGCCGUCAUUAACAGAGACAAGAACGAGAUUAGAGCAUUGAUUGAUGCUGGUGCUGAUGUCAACAUAACUGAUAAUGAAGGCCAAACUGCUCUGUUUUAUGCUGUCCAACGAAGUAACGAUAAGAGUGUGGUUCGUGCUUUGAUUGAUGCUGGUGCUGAUGUCAACAUAAGUGAUAAUGAAGGCCAAACUGCUUUGCUUUAUGCUAUCCUACAAGGUAACAACGAGAGUGUGGUUCGUGCAUUGAUUGAUGCUGGUGCUGAUGUGAACAUAUCUGAUGAUGAUGGUGCAACUGCUUUGUUUUAUGCUGUCAAACAAAGUAACAACGAGAGUGUCAAACAAAGUAACAACGAGAGUGUGGUUCGUGCAUUGAUUGAUGCUGGUGCUGAUGUCAAAAAAACUUAUUAUUUUGGUCGAACUGCUUUGAUGUAUGCUGUCCAAGAAAGUAACAACGAGAGUGUGGUUCGUGCAUUGAUUGAUGCUGGUGCUGAUGCGAGCAUAUCUGAUAAUGAAGGCCAAACUGCUUUGUUUCAUGCUGUCCAAGAAAGUAACAACGAGAGUGUUGUUCUUGCAUUGAUUGAUGCUGGUGCUGAUGUGAACAAAACUUAUAGUUUUGGUAAAACUGCUCUGUUAUGUGCUGUCAAACAAAGUAACAACGAGAGUGUGGUUGGUGCAUUGAUUGAUGCUGGUGCUGAUGUCAACAAAACUGAUAAUGAUGGUCAAACUGCUUUGUUUCAUGCUGUCCAAGAAAGUAACAGCGAAAGUGUUGUUCGUGCAUUGAUUGAUGCUGGUGCUAAUGUCAACGAGACUGAUAAUGAAGGMCAAACUGCUUUGUUUCAUGCUGUCCAAGAAAGUAACAACGAAAGUGUUGUUCGUGCAUUGAUUGAUGCUGGUGGUGCAUCCGUCAAUAUGCAGGAUGUUUAUGGGAGAACGCCAUUGUUUUACGCUCUCAACUGUCCAAAGUCAGCUCGUAUUCUUGUUGAAAAGGGACAAAAACAAUACUUUCAUUUGAAGGAUAACUGUAAUUGCUGCAUUUUAAACUUUUUUGUUGAAAGACAUUUUUUCAAUGAUGAUAUUAAACACACUCUUUCAAAAAAUAUUCUCUCUGACUUUCUGCAAUUGCUUGACGAAUGUGGAGUACAGAAAAUAGCAUUUGCUGAAGCAAUAUUAAAUAUGGCAUUCUGUAAGUUACCUUUAAUGUUCCUAAAAAGAUCAAAGUUAGAGCAGAAGAGAGAUCAUAUUACUAAAGCCCUAAAACAAGCUAGUCAGUUUAUUGAUGACGAAAAGAAACUGGAAAUAUUGAUUAAGCUGUUAAAUGAAAAAUGUACAAAUGGAGAAGGGGUACCAGAAGCUUUACGAUUAUUGGUUGAGUUAGGUGCCGAUCCUAAUAGUGUUGAUUUUUAUGGUAAUACAGCCCUUCACUAUGCGACUUGUUUACCGUUGGUGGGUGUCCCUCAAGAGAUUGUGAUGGAGAUUUGUCUUCAGCUGGAGAACUUUGAUGUACAAUUUAACUCGCGAAAUUACAAGAAUCAAACACCUCUUCUGUUUUGUUUGUCUGGACAUAUGCGUAUCAUGUUAAAAGAAAAUCAAAAUACGUCAGCGAUCCAAGCAGUGGUUGAAGUCUGUAAAGUUUUGUCAAAACACGGGUCCAGCAUUGAAGAAAGGACUCGAAGUGGAAAAACUGUUUUUCAUUUAAUACUAGAGCUUUUCCAGCAAGUACUUUACUUAAGUGAUAAGACAGUAAGACAAGAUGUCUUGCAUGAAGCAAUGAAACUUUUGCAAUUAUUUACACCUGUAAAAGUAGCCAAAACACAGAUUAUUAACAUACGUGAUGCCGAUCUCAACUCACCACUACACAUUUGGGCAUCACUAGAAUUACCAUCACCUCAAGACUAUACCAGUAAUGUUACUGAAGAUCUCACAUUUGAGGAAUUCUUACAAACAUUAUUAAACUACCUCGUAAGAUGUGGAGUACAACUGAAUGUCAGAAAUGGUGCCGAUCAAACUCCUUUACAUUUGUGCAAGACCUGGAUAGCUGUUAAUCUGUUGCUUGAUGCUGGAGCAAAGGCUAACGAUGUCGAUUCAUCAGAAGCAUCACCUCUAGUUGUGGCAGCGCGAGCCAAUAAAAAGUGGUCAUUAGUUGAUAGUCGGGGUUUUCUUUAUCCAGAUGUUUUAGAGUUAAAAGAUCCAAAAUCCUUAUGGGAAACUGCCAUUGACAAGGAACUUGAUCCAUGGACAGGGGACAAAGAGGGUGAGUCAGUUUUGAAUAUUCUCAUUAGACACAAUGAGUUUGUUCUUGCCAAAGCUUUGGUGGACGUGGCUCGUAAGCGGAACUACACUCAGUCCGAGACAUUUGCUGUUGGUCUUUUGAAUGCCAUCUGUAAAGACAAAUCAACACACACAAAUUGGAAAAGCAUUCUUGUCCAAGAUAUUUUGAAGUCAAGGAAAGGUCCCACAACUGCGUCGGAAUCACUUCGUCUUUGCUGUAGAAAUGUAAUAGAAAGUGGGAUAUUGGAUGAUGAUAAAGCGGAAGCGAAGUCUCCCUAUACAGCUAAUGAAGAAGAAGAUGAUGAUGGGCAGCCUGCAUCAAAGAAAAGAAAGGACACAUCAAUCUCUUCAAUACAAGCAGAGAUUGAACACUCGUCUGUCCACUGUGAAAUCUUGAAGAUCCUUCGUUUGUAUGGAGCUGAUGGCAAUUCUUGCUUGGACAUGGCAAACUCUUCUGAUGCUCUUAAAGAACUCCUAACCGAACCCUUAGAUAUUAACACAGUGUCUGUACUCAUUCCAUGGACUUCUACGUCAAAGAAAUAUGAAGUAAAAUUGGCUAAAGUUGCUAGGCGACAAGAGUGCGAUUUGAUCCAUGAGGAAUUUUGGUGUCAUAACGAACACGUAGGAAGUGGAUCAUUUGGCCAUGUAUUCAUUGGAAUCAAUGAAAAGGAUGGCAGAGAAGUGGCCGUCAAGCGCAUUGAGAAAUUACGUAUGCAGCGCCCAGAAGACAAACGAGAGAUUACAAAUCUCACAGCGCUUGCAGACUGCGAACAAAUUGUUCGUUAUUUGUAUUUCUUUGAAGAGGAAAAGUUUUCAUACAUGGUUUUAGAACUGAUGGAAGGAAAUCUUGACGAGUACCUUACUGAUGGUUCCACAUUUGACGCCACAAAAAGUACUCAACUUUGUCAAGAUGUGGUCAAGGGGUUGAAGUUUCUUCAUGAGCAGAAUAUUAUUCAUCGCGACCUGAAGCCAGGGAACAUUCUCUACAAAACACAUCCUCAUCUUCGUUUGAAAAUUGCAGACUUUGGUCUCAGCCGUCGCAUUAAUAGUAGCGCAACCACAGUGUAUGGUACUAAUACAGGAACGAGGUGUUGGAUGGCUCCAGAAGUGUUGAUGAGUACUCCCAAUCAUUCCAAGGCAUCCGACAUGUUUUCAUGUGGACUUGUUCUUCAUUACAUUCUGUCAAUACAAAAACACCCAUUUUCUAAGAACAAUAGUCAAAUGCCUCAUGAAAUAGAAACCAACAUGACAAAAGGUAAAAUAGAAGGAUGGGAUGACUCUCUUUCUCCAGAAGCUACUCACCUAGUCAAGAACAUGCUUGGUAGUGAUGAGAAGGGUCGACCAACGGCAGGGGAAGCUUUGGAUCAUCCAAUGUUCUGGUCAAAUAAGAAAAAAGUCGAUCUACUUGUUGCUGUUGGAAACCAGACAGUAUUUGAAUACCCACGUGCAGGAAGAUCAACUUGUCUAUCUGCUGUGGAGACCAACUUGGAGAAAAGCUUUAGUACCAUAGUUGUGCAUGGAGUGUGGAAUGACCCAAGGUAUAAGGACAUGCCUCAUAUCUACGCUGAAAUGACGUCCACAAAGAGAAAGUCUUACGAUACUUACUCUGUAGUAGAGUUGGUGCGGUUUAUACGAAAUGCUUACGCACAUGUCUCUGAAGGCACACGACCAACAGCAGUCAAAAAGAUGUUACUGGAAGACUUUGUGUUUCUGGAGUAUUUCCCUCAUCUUGUGAUGGAAGUGUACAAUGUCAUGACCGAUCAUGGAUGGGACCAAGCAGUAGAAGAAAUCAAGUAUGCGAUGAACAAGUAAAAGGUGAUGACUAUCAUGUACAGACUGUGUGAAAGUACCAGUGGCACAGAGAAACAGGAGACACAGUACGAAACAAGAUUAUUAUUAAGGGACCAUUGAUAAUUGAUUUAGUACGUAGGGGAGGGGAGGGGUAUCAAUCAGUAGGAUAGACAAGACACAACACU